GUCUUUCUGUUGUGUUUGUCUUUCAGACCACCUUCACGAUUAUGUUGGAAAAGAGGAGGAUUUCUCUGACCAGCAGCUCUAUGAACAGGAGAGGAAUUUCAGUUUGGACCAAGAGGAACCAGAACCUCUGCAGAUAAAAGAAGAGCAGAAAGAACUAGAACAUCCCUGGACAAAAGAGGAAACCAUGGAGCUCCCCAUUAGUGAGCAGGAAGAGCAGCUUAUUCUGAAGCACGAGACUGAGGAUACAGGAGAGAAAUCUUUCCCAUGUUUGACAUGUGGAGAAAACUUUCUAAGAAAAGAACAUUUAAUGGAUCAUAGUAGAACUCACACAGGUGAAAAGCCUUUUGAAUGUCUGUCCUGUGGAAAAAGCUUCACUCAGAAAUCUAAUCUUGAUACACACAUGAGAUUUCACACAGGUGAGAAGCCUUUUGAAUGUCUGUCCUGUGGAAAAAGCUUCACUCAGAAAUCUGAUCUUGAUAAACACAUGAGAAUUCACACAGGUGAGAAGCCUUUUGAAUGUCUGUCCUGUGGAAAAAGCUUCACUAAGAAAUCUAAUCUUGAUAAACACAUGAGAAUUCACACAGGUGAGAAACCUUUUGAAUGUCUGUCCUGUGGAAAAAGCUUCACUAAGAAAUCUAAUUUUGAUACACACAUCAGAAUUCACAAAGGUGAGAAGCCUUUUUCUUGUACCAGUUGUAGCAAGAAUUUUACUAAUAAAAGUAAUUUGACUAGACACAUGAGAAUUCACACAGGUUAAAAGCUGAUUUCCUCAAUGAUUUGUGACCAAGGUUUUAAACAAGAACGUAAUUUGAGUGUCCAGAUGACACUUAUUCAUACAUGAUGUGAAAUGACAUAAAAAAACAUCUGUUUCACGUAACUCGCAGCAGUUGGACGCAACAGGAAUGAACCGUAGAGGUGUUUUCCAUGUUUGACGGGUGAUAAAAUGUCCAUCUAGUAACUCCUUCACCUCAUUAAAUGUGAAACGUACAGGUUAAUGGUCUUUUGAGCAAAGUUUUGAGAAAGCCAUUAACUAACAGGUCUGUUUACAUAGAAACUAGAACAGAUAAGGUGUUAUAUUGUAACCCUAUUAAAUAUUCAGGUCCUGGGCCAAUAUGUGGAUGUGAAAAUUUGAAAGUCAAUUAAUGCAACAAGCAAUUGAGAAGUUAUAGCUGUUUAAAUUGGAGGAAAAAAUCAAGAUGAACCCCUACUGUGCCAUUUUGGCAUGGUGUUGCAAGACUUUUUCUGGAUGAAUUUAUUCAGAAGAAAAACACAGAAGUUUCAUUUUACUUUUAGCUGGAUGAUAAGCUAUCAGUUGGAUAUAUUCCUGAAACAGAAUUUUAUUCAGAUGAAUAUAAAAGCAAAGGUACGGCAGAUUUCAUAUGUCUUGCACAAAUUUGCUAAUGUUGUGGGAUUUUUUUUUAAGAGGUCAACUGCAACUGAUCCGAGUUUUGGUAAUUCAGUAUUUUGUUGGCUUUCAUUUUUUUAUUUUUAUAAUGCCAAUUCACAACACAUAUCACCUCAAGGCAGUUUACCGUUCACCAGAUCAUACAGUCAUACGCCGUACACAAAUUUGCUCCUCCCACCACAAAGGAGGACCAGGCACCUGGACCUGGUACUUGACCCCUAAAGUUGAAAUGGGAAGGGGAGAGACUCCAACACAACUCAAUCUUCCCGGUCCUUGCAACGGUCUCAGCCCCCCAUCCCCCACCCGGAUGAGAAGGCCCAUGGGACAGGCCCCCAUAAGACAGUGCCAGCCGAACCAGCCUCAGUGUGAGCGGCCAUAAUCCGAGGCCAACUGGGUUUCAAGCAGUAUACAGCAGUAAACUAUUUUCCACACUAGUUAGCAUUCCCGUAGGUCUCUGGAGCAUGGUUGUCUCUCCAGUUUCCUAGCAUUUUGCUUCAGAGUGUGCAGCUCUGCAUUAAACCAAGGAGCCAGCUUUCUAUUUUAAAGUUUUUCUUUUUCAAAGGGGCUGCUUUGUCUAAGGCAGUACACAGAGAACUAGCAACCCUAUCAACAAAAUCAACCUAUGAAGGGGAAUAAGCUAAGCUUUUGCACUCUGCAGCACUGCUCAGCAAAACAGAAGAGAGAGAAAGUAAAACAGAUCCUCUAAAAUUUAUAACUGCACUAUCUGAUAAAGAUCUGCUAAAGUGAAAACUUUUGGGGGAGGAGAACUCUGUUAAAGUAAUCUUUAAGGUGAUUAAAAAAUGUUGAGAAGGCAGGGCUGUGAGAAAAUAUUAUUUCUUCACAUUCUAUGCCAUAUGUCCGAACUGUCAUGAAUUUCUUAAGAGAUCUAACCCACAUGCAGUAAACCACUCAAAGAACCAGGGUAAAAUUUUUAACAGGUUUAUUGAUAAGGACAGCGGGGGUUGGAUUCAGAAAACUCAGUGUGCUGGAGAACCAGAACUGGAAGAGGGAAGGG